GAUUGUGUGCAUCGUCGGCCAGUCUCUUUGGUAAACUCACUGCAAACGGCGGCCAGCUUCUCCGAUUUGUUGGUCUCUCCGACUGGCCAGCUGCAGAAAUUAUCUCUCAAGCUCUGUGUGUUCUGAUUAUGAUCCUGCUCAAUGGUUGCGUGUGGCGAUUCUUUGUCAAAGCACUCCACUCUGGCUCGGGAUCUACUCUGCGCGCUUCGUUGACCAGCGCAGCUGCGAAUUAUGUUGCUUCGGCCCUCCUUGGAACGGUGAUAUUCAACGAAAAGAGCACAUUGCUGUGGUGGUUCGGCACGAUGCUUGUUCUCGGUGGAUUGCUAUUGAUAAUCGGAGGUUCGGAACAAGAGAACCUGAGCCCGCAUUCUGUACAACAGGACAAAAAUAAAUAAAAGCGUACCUGAACUUUAGUUUUUAUUUUAUAACAAAUUGCAUCAAAUUACAUUAUCCGAUGUAAGGCAAUUGAGAGCUGAAUUUAGCUAUUUAUACCCCGGUGGAAGUCACCCA